AUGGAAUCAACUCCGGUUCUCCAUCAAGGCUGGGGUUAUGGCCUCAUGAUAGGUCUUGGUCUUCUAUUUGCGGUUCUCAUGAUCAUCAUUACAUGGGCUUUGAAGAGGUACAACUAUGAGCUCCAAACAUCAGAAAUGUUCACCACUGCGGGACGGUCACUUAAGUCUGGUCUUGUCGCAUCGUCGGUCCUGUCAACUUGGACAUGGGCAGCAACGCUGUUACAAAGUACAGCGGUCGCCUACAAAUACGGAGUUUCUGGUCCAGUAUGGUAUGCAUCUGGAGCUACCGUACAAAUCAUCUUGUUUGCUACGCUGGCUAUUGAGCUGAAAAGACGCGCGCCCAACGCUCAUACCUUUCUCGAGGUCGUGAAGGCUAGAUAUGGCCCAGUCACCCACUGCGUCUACAUUGUCUUUUGCUGCUUUUGCAACAUCUUGGUCACGGCAAUGCUUCUGACUGGAGGUUCUGCUGUUAUCCAGAACUUGACCGGAGCACCUGUAGCGGCGUCUGUAUUUCUGUUUCCAAUUGGUGUGGUUGUGUAUACCCUAUUCGGCGGCAUCAAGGCAACCUUCAUUACGGACUACAUCAAUGGAUUGGUGAUCUUGGUCAUCAUAUUUGUGUUCGCCUUCACCGUCUACACAACCAACGAAAUUCUCGGUUCCCCUGGGCGAGUUUGGGAGAUACUCACAGAACUUGCAGCCGAACGCCCGCAAGCUGGGAAUGCUGGCGGCAGCUACCUGACAAUGCGAUCACAGGGUGGAGCUGAAUUUUUCAUCAUCAAUCUAUGCGGAAACUUCGGCACUGUCUUCCUGGACAACGGCUACUACAACAAAGCAAUUGCAGCUUCCCCAGUUGAUGCACUACCUGGAUACGUCAUGGGUGGUGUGAGUUGGUUUGCCGUCCCGUGGCUUACCGCAACGACCAUGGGCCUCGCCGGUCUCGCCCUGGAGAGGUACGACAUCUGGCCCUCGUAUCCCAACAGAAUGGCGGCUGCAGACGUCGAUGCAGGAUUAGUUUUACCUACAGUCGCCGUCGCCUUGUUGGGUAAAGGAGGUGCUGUUGCGACUCUCAUUCUCGCAUUUAUGGCCAUCAUGAGCACUUACUCUUCGGAACUCAUUGCAGUCUCGUCAAUCUGCACCUAUGAUAUCUACAAAACGUAUUAUAACCCCGCUGCGACCGGUAAGCAGCUCAUGCGCAUCAACUACAUCGGCAUGGGAAUCUUCGCUGUGGUCAUGGCCGGCUUGGCGACGGGGUUCAACUACAUUGGUAUCUCCAUGGGCUACCUUUACCUCUUGAUGGGAGUCAUUAUCUCCUCUGCUGUUCUCCCCGCAACCCUGACCCUACUGUGGUCUGGCCAGUCCUGGGCCGCUGCGACCUUUAGCCCAAUCAUUGGAUUCGUGCUGUCCAUGACAGCCUGGCUCGUCACGACGAAGAUAAAAUACGGAGAGCUCAGUGUUGAGAACACUGGUGCCAACACUCCCAUGUUGGCCGGUAACCUUACGUCUUUACUCGCGCCGGUCGUCUUCAUUCCUCUUUUGACAUUCAUCCCGCCGUUCAAGCACCAGCAAUAUGACUGGCAGAGCAUGCUCAACAUCCGACAAGGGAAUGAUGAUGAUCUUACUGAUGCUGCCCACGUCGAUCUGGAGAAUGCCCCUCAAGCAACAUCGCACGCUGUCGGAAACACCGAGGAAGAAAAGAUCAAGUUAGAUCGUGCUGCCAAGAUCGCUCGAUGGCUUACAGUAGGCGUUACACUCGUACUACUAAUUCUAUGGCCGAUGCCUUUGUAUGGCAGUGGCUAUGUCUUCAGCAAGCCAUUUUUCACUGGCUGGGUCGUGGUGGGUAUCACCUGGCUCUUUGCAUCUGUCAUUAUGGUCGUAUUCCUGCCCAUAUUUGAGUCUCGAAGUACAGUAAUUCGUACUACGCGGAUGAUGUUCAAGGACCUGUUGGGAAUGCGCGGAGGAAAGCCUGUCACCGAAGGACAUUCUACAGGCACCGAGACUCCACCUGAGGUGACGGAAAAGGCGGAUUCAAAAAUAUGA